GCCGGCGCGCGGGGCGCCCCGGAGCUUUUAUAAAUCUGUGACUUCACUCAAAAUGUGCAAAGAGGAAUAAUGGAAGCCCCUGAAUACCUUGAUUUGGAUGAAAUUGACUUCAGUGAUGAUAUAUCUUACUCAGUGACGUCACUCAAGACCAUCCCCGAACUGUGCCGAAGAUGUGAUGCGCAAAGUGAGGACAGAUCAGUUUCUAAUUCGAGCUGGAAUUGCAGUGUGUCGGCUCUCAUCGCAAACACACAGAAGCCCACAGGCAUCGCUGAUGUGUACAGUAAGUUCCGUCCCGUGAAGCGAGUUUCCCCGCUGAAACACCAGCCAGAGACUCUGGACAACAAUGAAAGUGAUGACCAAAAGAACCAGAAGGUGGAGUACCAGAAAGGGAGUGAUUUGGAGCCAGGCACCCAGCCUGAGGAGCUCAGCCCUGGAGAAGGAGGCAACGGCCCCCAAAGCGAAAGCACCGAGCCCAGCACCUUGCUGGGUGAACUGGAGCAUUAUGACCUUGACAUGGAUGAGAUUCUGGAUGUGCCUUACAUUAAAUCCAGUCAACAGCUGGCCCCUUUUCCCAAGGUGACUUCAGAUAAGAGAAUUCUGGGUUUGUGCACGACCAUCAAUGGCCUUUCUGGCAAAGCCUGCUCUACCGGAAGUGCCGAGAGCUCACCUUCCACCAUGACGCCAUUCUGUGUUCUUUCUCCCGUGAAAAGCCCUCACUUGAGUAAAGCACCGUCCGUCAUCCGUGACCCGCAAAAGCUUUCUGCUGCAGAAUCUGAGAGCUCACCGUCUCUGGUGAAGUGUGGCUCUGCAUAUGAGCCCGAAAACCAGAGCAAGGAUUUCCUCAACAAGACCUUUAGUGAUCCUCACAGUCGAAAACGCGAGAAGGCAACGCCAGACUGCCAGCUCAGGGACUUCCAUCUGCAGUCCUCUGCCACGGAACCCAAAUUGGAAGAGCACAUUGGGGGUGUGAACUGGACCAGCUCCCAAGGCCCAGAAGAAAGGAGUGAGUAUCUGAAAAAAGGGAAAAGCAUCUUGAACAUCGUUAAAGAAGGACAGAUAUCUCUCCUGCCACACCUCGCUGCUGACAACCUAGACAAAAUUCAUGAUGAAAGCGGCAACAAUCUCUUACAUGUGGCCGCAUCGCAGGGACACGCGGAAUGUCUGCAGCAUCUCACGUCUUUGAUGGGAGAGGACUGCCUCAGUGAGCGGAAUGUGGAGAGAUUGACUCCAGCGGGCUUGGCCAUCAAGAAUGGUCAGUUGGAGUGUGUACGUUGGAUGGUGAGUGAAACUGAGGCCAUUGCCGAACUGAGUUGUUCUAAGGAUUUUCCAAGCCUUAUUCAUUACGCAGGUGGCUUUGGUCAGGAGAAAAUUCUUCUCUGGCUUCUUCAGUUUAUGCAAGAACAGGGCAUCUCAUUGGAUGAAGUGGACCAAGAUGGCAACAGUGCCGUUCAUGUAGCCUCACAGCAUGGCUACCUUGGGUGCAUACAGACAUUGGUUGAAUAUGGAGCAAAUGUCACCAUGCACAACCACGCCGGGGAGAAGCCCUCCCAGAGCGCUGAGCGCCAUGGCCACACCCUGUGCUCCCGGUACCUGGUGGUGGUGGAGACCUGCAUGUCCCUGGCCUCUCAGGUGGUGAAGCUGACCAAACAGCUGAAGGAACAGACAGUGGAACGUGUCACACUGCAGAACCAGCUCCAGCAGCUUCUAGAAGCCCAGAAAUCAGAGGGCAAGUCACUCCUUUCUUCUCCCAGUUCGCCGUCCUCCCCAGCUUCCAGAAGGUCCCAGUGGAAAUCUCCAGAUGCGGAUGAGGAGUCUGUGGCCAAGAGCAAACCCGGAGGCCAAGAAGGGAUUCAGGUUCUCGGAAGCCUGUCAGCAUCCAGCCGAGCCCGUGCCAAAGCGAAAGAUGAAGACUCGGAUAAGAUCCUCCGCCAGUUGCUGGGGAAAGACAUCUCGGAGAGCGUCUGUACCCAGGAAAAGCUGUCCUUGGAAUUCCAGGAUGCUCAGGCUUCCUCGAGAAACUCAAAGAAGGUCCCUGUGGAGAAGAGGGAGCUGAAGCUGGCUCGGCUGAGGCAGCUGAUGCAGCGGUCCCUGAGUGAGUCCGACACGGAUUCCAACACUUCUGAGGACCCCAAGAGCACACCCAUGAGGAAGGCAGACAGGCCCAGACCACAGCCCAUCGUGGGAAGCGUGGAGAGUGUGGACAGUGCAGAAAGCUUGCACCUGAUGAUCAAGAAACACACGCUAGCGUCAGGACGCAGGUUUCCUUUUGGCAUCAAAGCCUCCAAAUCCCUGGACGGCCAUAGCCCAUCUCCUACCUCUGAGAGCAGCGAACCCGACUUGGAAUCCCAGUGUCCCGCCUCAGCGACCACCCCCCCAAGCCAGCCCUCCGGAGACCCCGCUCAGCCCAGCCCUGACAGCACCGCUGCCCAGAAAGUGGCCAUGAGCCCCAAGAGUGCCCUCAAGUCUCCAUCUUCCAAGCGCCGGACAUCUCAGAACUUGAAACUGCGAGUUACCUUUGAGGAGCCUGUGGUACAGAUGGAGCAGGCUAGCCUUGAGCUCACGGGGGAGAAGGACAGAGAUAAGGGCAGGACCCCCCAGAGGACCUCCACGGGGAGUGAAUCAGGGGAUCAACUGAAAAGGCCUUUUGGAACCUUCCGAUCUAUCAUGGAGACACUCAGCGGCAACCAGAACAAUAAUAACAAUUACCAGGCAGCCAACCAGCUGAAGACCUCCACACUGCCCUUAACCUCACUUGGAAGGAAGACGACAGACACCAAGAGAAAUCCCGUGAGCUCUGCUUGCAAAGGAAAGAAUAAGGCGGAGAUGUACGGCAGCUGCGUCACCCUUUCCUCUAACACGCUGACCGAAGAGCCUCUGCGUAACCGUGCACGGCAUAAUGACAUCAAUAGGAAAACGAAGAAAUCCUACAGCAUAAAGCACAUUGCUGAGCCAGAGUCAAAUGAGCUCUUCUUGUAAAUCACUUUUUUAUUAUCUCUCCUUCCUGCCCUUGGGACCCAGUUUGGAAGUUUCUGGACUCUCCACUGUGGAAAUAGAAUCAUGAGAACAAUGCCUCACCAGCAGAAGAACAAUAUCAGGAUGCCUUAAAUUUAUAAUAGUUGACUAUAUAAUACACAUUUUGGGGUGACAUUUGUAUAUAUAACUUGUUUCUAAAGAGAUGCUGUUUAAAAGCAUGAUUGGGCAAAUGCUGUGUUUUUCUAAGUGUGGAUUGGUUCAGCCUCCCCACACGAUGUCCACCAAGCCACCGGUACCAUCUUGUAUUUCAUCCAUUGCAUGGGUGUUCACUAAUGUUGAACUUUCCUUUUUCAGUAAAAUGGGCAGUUUUGGCUCAGCUCCUCAGUGAGAUCAGGUCAGUGGUAUUGUUUUCUGUCAGGAGUGUUUUUUCUUUCAUUUCUACUUUUUGUAUAAAGGAAAUAAAACAAUG